UCUUCAUUCCCCUCGAUUUCCAUUCCUCCCUAUUCUCUUCUCUUCUCCUUUCCAAACCCUUUUCCAUCCCCCCCUCCCCGAACAAAAAGAAAAACUGCACCCAUCAUGGACAUCGCCACCUCCCUGCAAUCCCACCCCCAAACCCUCAAAUGCAUCGACAUGCACACCACCGGCGAACCAACCCGCAUCAUCUACUCCGGCUUCCCCCUGCUCCCCGGCAUCACGCUCCUCGAUCAGCGCUCUCACGCGCUUACCCACAACGACCACAUCCGCAGACGCAUGAUGCUCGAGCCCCGCGGCCACGUCGACAUGUACGGCGCCAUCAUCGUGUCUGACACGGAGCUCGUGCGCAGCGGCGCCGCGCACAUCGGCGUCCUGUUUACCACGAACGGCGGGUUCUCGACUAUGUGUGGGCAUGCGACGAUCGCGCUGGGUCGGUUCUUGGUCGAUACGCAUGAUGCGGAUGUGUUUCCGAGACGGGGGGAAUUGGUCCUUGAUGCCGAUGCUGAUAAGGACGCGGACGGCGCCAGGGUGAGGGUGAAUAUUCAUGCACCUUGUGGAUUGGUGAGGGUUAGUGUGCCGACGACGGCGGAUGGGUUGAAAUCGGACCCCGACAGGCCUGUCACGUUCUUGAGUACGCCGGCGUAUGCGAUCCCGGGGUCCAUUGAGGUGCAGAUUCCGGAAGAGGUGAAGUGGCCGGAACUAGGGAGACGGGAGUCAAUUGUGCUGGAUAUCAGCUAUGGGGGGACGUUCUAUGCGCUGGUGGAGGCGCGGGAGCUGGGGUUUGCAGGGGGGUUGGGGAAGGUGGAUGUGGACGCGAUGACGAGCGCGGUGAAGAAGCUGAAGGCGUAUCUGUCGACGCAUGAGGAGGUGGUGAAGGCACUGCAGAACGUCGAGGACGAGAGGUUGGCGUUCUUGUACUCGGUGAUGGUGGUGGAUCGCGAUGUGGGAUCGAGGCCGGAGGGUGUCGACGGCGCAGAGACGGGGCUGUGUUUCUUUGCAGACAAUCAGGUCGAUCGGUCGCCGACGGGGUCGUGCGUCUCGGCGCGAAUGGCUUUGGCACAUGCGUGGGGCUUGAGGCCCGUUGGAAAGAGAUGGGCGUAUAACUCGCUGGUGUCGAACCAUUUUGAUACGGGGGCCUUUACGGCGGAGAUUGUGGAGGAAGGCGUGCGUGUGAGGCAUUAUAAUGGGGAAGAGAGGAAUGCGGUGGUUGUGCGAGUCGAGGGAAAGGCAUAUUAUACCGGGGCUAUGACCUUUGCUGUUGAAGAGGGAGAUGUCACCGGUGCGAGUGGGUUUACGAUGAAGGGAAUGGUCAACUAAGAUGAUUUGUAGAUUGAGUCAUAGAAUGGACAAAUGCGCGUACAUUAG